AUGCCAGGCAUAACUCAGAAUAAUCGGAAACGGCCCUCGACAGUGGUUGACGACGAGGAAGACGAUCACUCCGAGCCAGUCUCACCAGUCUCCGUAGGAAGCAAACGUGCCCGUACUACCCGCCAUGCCUCCAGUAGCUCUGUUCAAAGCAGCGGUAUUCGAACCACCCGACCUCCACAGUCCAGGCGUGUGAAUGGCAUCUCUCAAUAUGUGGAGGAUGAGUUCCAGCCUGGCUCACUUAUACGCGUCAAGUUGAAGAACUUCGUCACCUACACAGCAGCCGAAUUUCUCCUGGGUCCGAGCCUGAACAUGAUCAUAGGCCCGAAUGGAACAGGGAAAAGUACACUUGUUUGUGCCAUCUGCCUUGGUCUGGGAUGGGGCAGUGAGCAUCUCGGAAGAGCAAAGGAUUUGGGUGCGUUCGUGAAGCAUGGGGCGACAGAGGCGGAGAUAGAAAUAGAGUUGGCCAAAGGUCCAGGCAUGAAAAGGAACCCCGUAAUUCAGCGGCUCAUUCGAAAAGAGGAUAACAAGUCGUUUUUCACCCUAAACGGAAAGCGGACUGCUCAAAAUGUCGUCACGGCGAUGUGCAAAGGCUUAUCGAUUCAAAUUGACAAUCUCUGUCAAUUCCUACCACAAGACCGAGUCGUCGAAUUCUCAAGAUUGUCAGAGGUCGACCGCUUGCGGGAAACCCAGCGUGCUGCGGCUCCUGCAUACAUGGUUGACUGGCAUGAUCAGCUCAAGGUAUUACGAGCAGAAGAAAAGGCCUUGGAGACCAAGCAACACAAUGAGAAAACCCAUCUCAGCAAGCUGGAAGCCCAGCAGAACGCAACGCGAGACGAUGUCGAACGCUGGCAUCAGCGCGAGGAGCUGUUGCAAAAGUCGAAGUGCCUGAAGAAAGUAGGACCAGCUAUCGAGCUCCGCCUACGCAAGCAGGCGAUUGGCCAGGCAAAGGUGGAUAUUCGUAAUGCAAGGCUGCAGCUCGACCAACUCAAUGCUGAUGUGGAGCCAGUGCGCCAGGCUCAGGCUGAGGUAGAAACGUACAAGAAACAGAUUGAGCGAGUGGUGGCACUCCAAAAGAAUCGCGUCGAGAUGUGCAAGACGCAGGCUGACAGGCUCUACAAAAACCUUGAGCAGGAAAGGCUGCAAGUUUCAGAUUUUGAAGACCGAGUCAAGGGGGAGCUCAGGGCCAAGAAGGAACGCGAACAAGACAUUGCCCGUACCAAAGCCGACAUUGCGCGUCUGGAGAGACAGCAGAAUGAGCAGCCUGUUAAUUAUGAUGCAGAGAAAUUUGACGCCCGGAAAGCUGAGAUCCGCACGCAACUAUCAGCUGCCCAGACUUCUCUUCGAGACAAGGAGGAAACCCACAGCGCAGGACGUCUUCGGGUGAUGGAGUUGAACAAAGAGAAUAGCCAAACGCAACAGCGGCGAGCACAACUGGAUACACAAAGUGGCAAGCAGGCAAAUCUUCUUUCGAAGAUAUCCCGGGACACUGCGACGGCGUGGGACUGGUUCCAAAAGAACAAGCAUACAUUACAACUCAAGGGUGAAGUGGUUGGCCCACCUCUGCUGGAGUGCUCGAUCACCCACCCUAGGUACGCACAGGCUGUCGAAAAUCAGUUGAGAAAGGGCGACAUUGUCGCAAUCACUUGCACCCACAGUGAUGAUGGGAAGCUACUUUCAGAUAAAUUUCUCUCCAAAGCGGAAAAUGGUGGACUUGACCUUCACGACAUCUUUCUGAGGUCUUCACCCAAGCCCCUGUCCUCUUAUCGGCCAGCUGCAUCGCCUGAAGAACUGUCCAGAUUUGGCUUCGAGGGCCACAUCCUCGACUACAUUCGCGGACCAGAUACUGUGCUUGCCAUGCUGUGCGAAAACACAAAACUCCAUCAGAUCGCUUAUUCGCCCAAGCAGAUUUCUGAUGAGCAGCACAGCGCCGUAGAGAACAGCAAUAUUCGCAAGUGGGUUAGUGGCAGUGAAAUUUAUCAGAUCACUGUGCGCAGGGAGUACAAUGCAAAGUCAACCGCAGUCACCCAGCUGAGGAGAGCGCAAUGGUUCGUGGAGCAGCAGGUCAACACCGAGGAAAAGCGAGAACUUGAUGAGAAGAUGAAGCAAAUUUUACGGGAGGCGACUGAGCUCAAGGAGGACCUUGCAGCCUUGAAGGGAGAAAUGGCUGAGCUUGAGGCGACUGUGGGUGAGCUGAAGAGAGAGAAAGAUGACAUUCAAAUGGAACAAGAGCGCUUGAGAAAAGCUGUCGCCGAAUGGAACGCUUUACCUGCCAAGAUCGGCACGAAACAGAGCGAGCUCGACGCAUAUGUUCAGCACAAUGCCGAAACAAACAGCCGUAUACGCGACAUCAAGACUGAGUCACGGGCUGUCCAGCUCAAGAUUGCCACCAUGACCCUCGAAUACGCCAAAGUAGUCACCCAGCUCCGCACCUAUUAUGAAUCACUUGUGGAAUCCGAAAUCCGCCUCAUCGAAGCAAAAUCUGAAUUCAACGCCCUGGUGCGCGAGAACCAAGAAAUACUCGAUCGCCUGAAACGCAAAGAAAUCGAAAUCAGCGACAUGGUCAAACGCGAUCAUGUCAUGCGUUCGGAAUAUCAAAGACUCCUCCGAGCUACACAAGAAGACAUCAACAAUCUCACUGAAAAGGAACGGGCCCUGUACGUCGAGUACCGCAAUCUCCCUGACAUGGCAGCCCUAGAGCACGAGAUCCAGACCGUCGAGGCACGUCUGGAGCUCAUGUCUGAGGGGAAUCCGGGAGCGAUCAGGGCGUAUGAGAAGCGUGAAGAGGAGAUUGUGCGCACAAAGGAGAAGCUCGAACAACACACUGACAGCCUCGAAGCGACAAAGGAGCAGAUCAAGGAAAUCAGGCAGAAAUGGGAACCCGAGCUCGACGCGCUCACUGACAAGAUCAGCGCGGCUUUUGCGUAUAAUUUUGAGCAGAUUGGGUGUGCCGGUCAGGUAGACGUGGACAAGGAUGAAGAGGACUUUAAUAAGUGGGGUAUCCAAAUCUCCGUUCGAUUCCGCGACGGCGAAUCCCUAGCCGUCCUCAACUCGCACCGCCAAUCCGGCGGCGAACGCUCCGUCAGCACAAUCUUCUACCUCAUGGCGCUCCAGGGCCUCGCCCAGUCGCCCUUUCGCGUCGUCGACGAAAUCAACCAGGGCAUGGACCCGCGCAACGAACGCAUGGUGCACGAGCGCAUGGUCGAUAUCGCGUGUCAGGAGCGCACGAGUCAGUACUUUUUGAUCACGCCGAAGUUGCUGGCUGGGCUCAAGUUUCAUCCGAAGAUGAAGGUGCAUGUUAUUAAUAGCGGGGAGCAUGUGCCGGACGGGAGGGCGGAUGGGGGUGCGGGUAAGGGCUGGGAUUUUAGGGAGAUGGCGAGGGUGGCGUUGAGGGUGAGGAAGGGGGUUCGUAUCCGCGCCCUCCCUCCGGAGUGA